UAUGUUUAAUUUAUACAUCUACUAACCUCCACCUUCACUUAUGCGUGUUCCAUGUGGGACUCUUCCAUUUAAUGAUACAAAUAUAAUCGAUAGGGAUUUAGAGAUUACAGACUUUCCUUUUCAUAGAAAUGUGAAAUUAACUUUUCUUUAUAUAAGGGGUUCAUGAAACUUAUUCUUUGUCAUCUCCAUGUGAAAAAGAAAACUGCUAAGAUUUCCUUCUUAAAAUAAUUUCAGUAGCAAAGUGAAAAAUGGUCUUUGAGGAGUAAAAUUUAAGCAUAUGAUACCUCAAAUUUACAACCGGCUGCUGCAAUUAGAGAAAGGUUUCAAUUCAUUAAAUUAAAAGAGACCAUAAUAACGUUAUAUGGAGAAGACGAAAAGCAAAAGACCAUUUAGCAACGAAAUUUUAUUUUAUGCAGCAAAUAAUAGUUGUUGUACUGCUAGCAAGGUAACCCAACUAUAAUUUGUUUUUGGAAACACUUUUGCAAAACAAAGUGUUUUACAUCUGGGGAUGGAUGAGCCGUAACAAGUAAUUAAGGACAAGCAAAUAUCUUCAAGAUUUAUAAUUGAAAAAGAGCAUUAUUUAAAUCAAGGACUAGAGUUAUCCAUGGAGUUGUAGAUAAUUUAAAUUAAUUGGUUAGUUUUUUACUUGAUUAUGUUGAUCGGAUUAAGAAAAGAAUUGUCCCAAUGCUACAACAACGCAUAGAUUCCUGUAUACUGUAGAACAAGACAAACACAUAAAACACGACCAUCGAUUGUGAUAAAAAAAUAGACCCAAAUAUAUGUGGGACCAAGCAUAGAUAAAAAAAAAACAAAACAAAAAAACUUCCAAUCAAAGUGAAAAAAGUAUCAUUUAUCACAAAACACUAAAAAGGAAUUACUACAAGAACAUAGACUUGGGACUGUGAGCGAAAUAAUGAGUAUCACACAACACAACAAUACCCGCAGACUGCAGUGACCGGUGUUCAGCCUUAAAACAGGUUAAAGGAAGAUGUAGUACUUAGAUUGCUUGUGCCUUGUUGGUUUGAGGCACUCUGCAAACACUAAUGUUUGAGUUAGUUGGUUUUGACCAAAUUGUUAUUUCAGUUUCUGGUACUGAUUAUUGAAUAUAUUUCAUGGUCUGUUUCACAUAUUGGGUGAUUUUGUCAUUCUACCUUAUACAGAAUAUGUGGUUUUUGUUUUUUCCUGUAAUUUUACAGGUAUUGAGCCUUUGAAUUUUUUCUAUUCGUCCCUUUUAACUAAUUAUACCUUUGUUUUCAAAAUGGUCCUCGGCAACUUUGGCCUUUGAAGAAAACAAUUUGUGGUUGUUUGAAAUAAAAUAACAUGGAGGGCAAGUUCAGAAUCAAAAAAGAUGUUACUGAAUUGAUUGGUAAUACGCCAAUGGUUUAUCUCAACAAUGUUGUGGAUGGCUGUGUAGCCAGAAUUGCUGCCAAGCUAGAAAUGAUGGAGCCUUGCUCUAGUAUUAAAGACAGAAUUGCCCACAGCAUGAUUCAAGAUGCAGAGGAGAAAGGUCUAAUCACACCAGGAAAGACUGUCCUCAUUGAGCCUACAAGUGGCAAUACUGGUAUUGGAUUAGCAUUCAUAGCAGCACUUAAGGGUUACAAGCUUAAACUUACCAUGCCAGCUUCAAUGAGUCUUGAAAGAAAAAUUAUACUUCGAGCUUUUGGAGCUGAGGUGUAUCUUACAGAUCCUGCAAAGGCCUUUAAAGGGGGUCUAGAUAAGGCUUUGGAGUUGCUAAAGAACACACCAAACGGUUAUAUGCUUCAGCAAUUUGAAAAUCCUGCUAAUCCUAAGAUUCAUUAUGAAACAACUGGCCCAGAAAUAUGGAGGGACUCGGGAGGAAAAGUUGAUGCAUUGGUUUCAGGGAUAGGGACUGGAGGUACAGUAACUGGAGCAGGGAAGUUCCUUAAGGAGCAAAACUCAGAGAUCAAGAUUUAUGGGGUAGAGCCUGUAGAAAGUGCAGUCUUGUCUGGUGGAUUGCCUGGAAAACAUCUGAUCCAAGGACUGGGUGCUGGUAUAAUUCCAGAUAUUCUAGAUGUUAGCCUGCUACAUGAAAUUUUCCAAAUAUCCAGCGAGGAAGCGAUUGAGAUGGCCAAGCUGCUUGCCUUGAAAGAAGGCUUACUGGUAGGAAUUUCAUCUGGUGCUGCAGCUGCUGCUGCCAUUAAGCUUGCGAAAAGGCCAGAAAAUGCUGGAAAGCUCAUUGUGGUUAUAUUCCCCAGCUUCGGAGAACGUUACCUUUCUACUGAACUAUUUGACUCCAUCAGGCAAGAGGCAGAGAACAUGACUUUUCACUAAACAUUCAGAGUUUGCUUCAUCGUAAUUGUUAUGUAUUGGAUUUAGUCAUCCAAAUAUCAGAUCUUUCUUGUCACUUACUCAGCAACCAGAUUUUUACAAAAUAAAUUUCUCAUCUUUACUUGUGUUCUAAUGUAUUGAAUUCAGCCAUAAUUUAAUCAGAUCUUGAUAGCUGUUUAGUUAGUU